AUGGAGCAACUGAGAGCUCCAUUCUCACAGAAGAAUAGUUCGACUAUGUACUAUACAAUCAGUAUCAUUCUAGGGACUGUGGCAUUCUCAUAUGGUUCUGUGCCAAUGUAUAAAAUGAUCUGCCAAACCACAGGAUGGGGUGGACAGCCGAUUAAAGCUCCUGGACACGGCGGCAGUGGUGUAGAUGGUGAAAAUCCCGCUGAACGUCUCAGACCUGUCACUUCCGCAAAACGUAUACGAGUGACCUUCAAUGGAUCGGUUUCCGAUGUCCUGCCUUGGAAGUUUACACCACAACAGAGAGAAGUUCGAGUUCUACCAGGAGAGACAGCAUUGGCAUUCUAUACAGCUACGAACAAAUCUGAUGAGGAUAUAAUUGGGGUGGCAACGUAUAGUGUGACGCCGGGACAAGUGGCUCAAUAUUUCAGCAAGAUCCAAUGCUUUUGUUUUGAAGAGCAAAGGUUGAAUGCUGGAGAGACGGUUGAUAUGCCUGUAUUUUUCUAUAUUGAUCCAGAUUUCGUUAAUGAUCCAAAUAUGAGAGGUAUUGAGCAGGUUACUUUGAGUUAUACGUUCUUCAAGGCCAGGUAUGAUAAAAAUGGACAAUUGAAGGCUAUGCCUGUUGGUAUGUAA